AAAGGAAAAGGUCCAUCACUACCAUCCCAUAUUUUAAUUUUUCCAAAAAGUGACGAAUCAUACCACGUUACAAUGAUUGCCUCUCUGAGCUAGAAUCGCGUCCAUUCACCGAUCGGAGUUCGGAUGCUGCUAUGGCGCCGAUGGGACAGCCUGCCGCCGCCGCCGAAGUGUACGUGCCGAUGACCCUUCAAGUGUGGCGAGGUCUCGUGAACUGGGUGGGCUUCUUCUUCCAGAUUAUUCUUCAGAUCCUGAGAGGCGCGCCUUGCCUUCCUCACCUGCUGUCCUGCAUUUCUUCCUCUUCUCCUCCUGCUUUCAGGCCUCUGCCCGUCGCCGAAGUCCCUCUCAACGACUUGUCGUCCUCCGCCCACGUCGAAAACGGCGUCGUUGAUGGUCGCCCCGUCGAAAAGCUCACGGUAGUUCUUGAUUUGGAUGAGACUCUAGUAUGUGCUUAUGAAACAUGUAGCGUGCCUGCGAUUGUUCGUGCUCAAGCAACGGAAGCUGGGCUGAAGUGGUUCGAAAUAGAAUGUCUUUCUUCAGGGAAGGAGUCUGAUGGUAAACCAAAGGUCAAUUAUGUGACAGUGUUUGAACGUCCUGGUUUGCGAGAGUUCUUGAAGCGGGUUUGUGAGUUUGCUGAUCUUGUGCUAUUCACUGCUGGUCUUGAAGAUUAUGCUAGACCACUUGUUGACAGAAUUGAUGUGGAGAAUCUGUUUAAGCUUCGUCUUUAUCGGCCUUCUACGGUUAGCACGGAAUUUCGGGAGCAUGUGAAAGAUCUAUCAUGUUUGUCAAAAGAUUUCUCUCGAAUCGUCAUUGUUGACAACAACCCAUUCAGUUUUUUGCUGCAACCGUUGAAUGGAAUUCCAUGCGUUCCAUUUUCUGCUGGACAGCCAUACGAUGAUCAGCUUUUGGAGGUCCUGCAUCCUCUCCUCAUGCAGCUCUCCUUGCAAAAAGAUGUGAGACCUAUGCUUCAUGAGAAAUUUCAAAUGCCUGAAUGGUUUCAAAUGCAUGGAUUCCCCGUUUCUGAUUGAGAACAUGGAUGGUAAUUAGGUUAACUAAUGGAUAGCUGCAAUUUGUCUCGGGGCAGCCGACCAGAUUGUUGUCCGGUGGAAGCAUUUCUCGAGGGGUUUUCUGCCCCCGUAAAUUAGUAUUCCACGGGUGCCGGCAAAAUCCAAUUCCUUAUAUUGCUUCCAAGGCCAACAAUUUUGACCUGGGAACAUAUUACGAAGGCUGUCUCAUGGUAGGAUUAACUCCAAUUCUUUUGUAAUUAGACGAGAUUUCAAAUAGGGUGUAAUGCAUUCGGAAACUUCUGGGAAAUUUUUUGGUUUAUUCUUUGACAGUGUAAUGUUAUCAUGUCAUCUCUGAAUUUAAU